AUGGGCUGCGUACAAUCAGCUGGUGUUGAUGAAGAGGCUAAGGCCCGCAAUGACGAGAUUGAAAAUCAACUCAAGCGGGACCGAAUGAUGGCAAAGAAUGAGAUCAAGAUGUUGUUGCUUGGGGCCGGUGAAUCUGGAAAAUCCACAGUUCUGAAACAAAUGAAGCUUAUACAUCAUGGUGGCUACAACGACAAUGAACGUGAAUCCUAUAAAGAAAUCAUUUUCUCCAACACUGUCCAAUCCAUGCGUGCGAUUCUCGAUGCUUUGCCCUCCCUCGACCUGUCGCUUAAUCCAUCUAAUGAUGCCCGGAGAGCUACUAUCCUUGCCCUUCCGCUGCAGCUGGAAGUCGACGUUAUGCCUCGGGAUGUAGCUGACUCGAUUAAAGGUAUCUGGAAUGAUCCAGCGGUCAAGGAGGCGGUGAGAAGGAGUAGAGAAUUUCAGCUGAAUGAUUCGGCGGUGUAUUACUUUAACAGCAUCGAUAGAAUGAGUGGACUGGGAUACAUGCCUAGUGAUCAGGAUAUCCUCCGCUCGCGAGUGAAGACGACGGGUAUCACGGAAACAACGUUCAAGGUCGGCGAAUUGACGUACAAACUGUUUGACGUCGGCGGCCAACGUUCUGAACGUAAAAAGUGGAUACAUUGCUUUGAAAACGUUACCGCUUUAGUCUUCCUAGUUUCGUUGAGCGAGUAUGAUCAAAUGUUAUAUGAGGAUGAGAGCGUGAAUCGUAUGCAAGAAGCCCUUACCCUCUUCGACUCGAUAUGUAACUCGAGAUGGUUUGUCAAGACUUCAAUCAUCCUUUUCCUUAACAAGAUUGAUUUGUUCGCUGAAAAGUUGCCAAGGUCACCAUUAGGUGACUACUUCCCGGAUUACACGGGCGGAGAUAAUUACGACGCCGCCUGCGAAUACUUGCUUCACAGGUUUGUGAGCUUGAAUCAGAGUGCCGCCACGAAACAAAUAUACGCACAUUACACCUGUGCCACCGAUACGCAGCAAAUCAAAUUCGUUCUUUCCGCUAUUCAAGACAUUCUACUCCAGCUCCAUUUGAGGGAGUGUGGGUUGCUAUAG